CGCUCUCUCUCUCUCUCCCUCUCUCUCUCUGAGGAGAAACAGAAAUCCGUCUGAGAAGCUCGCAGGAAAUCUAAAUCAAAUGUCUGCAAGCAUUAGAGGAAGAUGAGAUCGGCCUUGUUCUCGUACCUUUUUGCAGCCGCUUGGAUCAGAAAGUAUGAAUCACGCUGUGAAACAAUCUUUCGUGACUACUCAUGCCGCUUCUCUGUACCUUUUCGGAGUCGUUUCGUUCUUCCAUUCUUCUUCAGUGCUGGAAAGGAAAAGGAGAUCCACUUGGAAUUAUGGAAGAGGAUCUUAUAGCUCGAAGAGAUGCAAUAUUUAUGCAAAAAGAAUUAGAAGGAUGGAGUCAAGAAGGACUCUUUUGCGGGAUAUAUCAGAAUAUGCUGAAUACCUUUUUCAGAGUUGGAAAGAUGAUAGCAGCACCGUAUGGUUCCGUAGGCCAUAUUGGUCGAAGGGAACAAAGUUAAACGGUUUUAGCUCACAUGAGUCUCAAUCGGAAAGGUCCAAGAACAAAAGAAAAGAUGGAUUCGAUUUCGGGAAAAAUAGUGAUGAUGAUGAUGGUGAUGUUGAGAACAUAUUCCACUCUGCUUUUGGGAGGGAAGGAUUCUAUUAUUGGGCCUCGAGUAGAGAUGGAAAUUUUCAGUGGCGUUGCUCCUCUGGCCAUAAUCAUAAAUGCUUCUCAGAUUGGAGAUAUGAAACAGAUGAGGAAACUGAUGAUGAUACUGGUGCUGAUACUUGCCCACCGGCUGAUUUAGCCUCUGAAAGAUUAACUCUUGGUUUGAGUGCUUCAGGUCCACUUAAACUUAAGGAAGUAAAGAACGCGUAUCGAGUUUGUGCUUUAAGGUGGCAUCCAGAUCGUCAUCAGGGCACAUCAAAGGUAAUGGCAGAGGAAAAAUUCAAGAAUUGCAGUACAGCAUACAAGUCUUUGUGUGACAGACUAGCUUCAAGUUGAGUUUCUCGCAUUUUUAGGCUUCGUUUGAGAU